UCUCUACCCCUCAAUCUCUCUCUCUCUGAUCUGGAUCUCAGUAUUUAGCAAGAGGAACACUCGCAAGUCAUCCCAAUCGUUAUGCUGUACAGUAAAACAUGGCAACGUCGUCACUUUAUGUUGCUGGGGUGACCUGUUUGGGUUUCGUGUGCUUUGCUUUGGCCUCCGUCGCCAUUGGCAUACCCAUUUGGGGUUACUACGAUAGUCCAUCAGGUGGCUAUGACUACGAUCGCGGCUAUUUUGGGCCCUUUAAAGUGUGCAAGCAAUUGACUUAUAAUCGCGAGAAAUGCGGCAACGAUGUCUCCAAGUUCCGGCUGAGCAAUGCCGUAUUCGCCAGCGGACUUUUGGCUGUGGGCAGCUCAGCGCUGCUGGGCAUCUUCUGCAUACUGUCGGUCAUCCAACACGCGAUGAUAUCGUCACGGGAGAAGGUGGUCAUGUCCUACACAUCGCUGGUCAUUGUCAAACUCAUCCUUGCCCUCCUGGGUGGUUUGCUGGCUAUUAUAGCCGCAGUGCUUUUUGCGUUGCAAAUCGAUGAACAGGAGCGCUUUGGUUUCAAGAUAUCGCGUGGCAUUUCCUUUUACAUACAGAUAGUUGUGAUUGUUUUAUCGAUUGCGCUGUUUGUCGCCGCCGUCUAUGAUGUCAUCUUCUCCCGCAGCUCUGGAGGCGAUCCCACAAUGGCGCUGGACGCUUCAUCGCCAGCUAGUGCGACCACAUUCAAUAAUCCCGGCUUCAAGGAGCCGCGUAGUCGCAACGGCGUCUCGGUCACAGAUGCCUCUGGCAAGCCAUACAGUGGCAUCCGUAAUGGAGCCGGCACAGCAGGCAGCGUGGCUUCGAUGAGCACCACUGUGACCAGUGUCUCGAAUGGUUCCACAUUGGACUCUGUGACACGUUCCCCGCUGCGUUCGAGUCUCAAAAAACCACGACCCCGGCCAGAUCCGACGCUGGGCAUUCAAAAUCCCGGCUACUCUGGCUCGGGUAGCUCGCCGCCGAUGCGUCGCAAUGGCAGCGUGAAAAAGGUUCGCAUUCAAACGCACAGCACAGAGGUUUAGAUAGAACAGGGCGAAAGUGUGUAGCCCUCACUUUAUGCGAUUAUCGAGUAGAGCAUCAAUACGAAAUAAGCAAAAAGACGACAAAAACAACAAACAACAAACAACAAUUACAAAGACUGUGUAUAGUAGCAAGCAACACAAAACGACAUUUGAAGAAAUACAAAUUGAAUGGAAAAAUGAAAAGUUUCAGGCGCAGACAAACAAGACAUCAGUAAAUUAUUUUCAUUUGUCUUCCAAAAUGAGUCGCAAUGUUAAUUUGUUUCUAAACAAGAGGUUAAUUUAAUUUUGAUUAAAUUGUUUAAUGGCAGGCAAAUUUAUCUUUUUGUAAGCAACGGUUUCCGUCCAAGGGCAGAGUCAAAGUAGUUAAUUUAAUUUCCAUUCGACAUUUUGUUUAAUAUAUGUUAUGUAUAUUUAUGUAUACAAUAUACCAUAUAUAUAUUAUUUAUCAUCUCUCAAGUGUCCUUACGACCCAGGCCCAGUCCCUUCACAAGCUACAAAACAAAUCAAAUCAAAUCGAACCGAACCGAAUCAAACAAAUCAAAUAGAGAAUACCUUUCCAUCUUUGUAACGAUUUAGGUGUAGACUAAGAUUUCAUUAAUUUGCAAUGUAAAAUAUAAACAAUUGUUGCUAAGUUAACCAUAUGCAAAUACAUACUACAAUUAA